AUCAACAUAAUCACAUUCAUACUCACCCUCUCCCUCGCCCUCAGUGCUAUCCUAACCACAUUAAACUUCUGAUUGGCACAAGCCAACCCAGACUCAGAAAAACUAUCCCCAUAUGAAUGUGGUUUCGACCCUCUCGGGUCAGCCCGCCUCCCAUUCUCAAUCCGAUUCUUCCUAGUAGCAAUCUUAUUCCUCUUAUUCGACCUAGAAAUCGCCCUCCUACUCCCACUUCCUUGGGCUACCCAACUCCAAUCACCCACCACCACCCUAACCUGAGCCUCCACCAUCAUCCUCCUCCUCACACUGGGCCUCAUCUAUGAGUGAACACAAGGAGGCCUAGAGUGGGCAGAGUAA